UCUGCUCGACACGUUCUCGCGCUCUCUCUCCCUCUGUCUCUCUGUCCUCCCCCCUUCCCUUUCCCUCUCUUUCUCUCAAACCCACACACUCUUCCUCACUCACUCCCUCUCUGGCUCCUUCUUCUCCUCAAUGGAGGCCAUGAGAAGAAAGCAGCCCGCUGGUCUAGCCGUGGAUGACGCUGCAUCCACAAAGAAAGUGGGACUGGAUCCAGGAGGCAAUGGAGAGGAGAAGUCAGGUAUCACUUCAGAUGGAGACAAAGAGGUAGCAGCCAGACUGGCCUCUACACCUGCAGCUGAGGCAAUGCUUAACGGCACCCAAUGUGACGACAUGAGGCACAAAAACCUGACAGCUGGCAACAAUAAGACUGCACUGUUGGUGAAUGAAAACGGCACAUCAGACAUGGAGCUGCCGCAUGGUUCUGUUACUGGAAGCAAUGGAUUAAUUCUGGUUAAGCAGCAGCAGGAAGACAACGUUGCGGUGACGCCGAGUUUGGGAGUUUCCCCUCAUAGGACUAACUGGUUGCCUUUGGCCUCAUCAACGGAGGGACACGCAGCCAAACUCCCGCCUGCCUCGGCAUCAGGGUGUGUGCAGAGUUCAGGUGCUCUAAGGACUGCCCCCGGUACAGAGACUAUAUCGGGACAGGAGUCAUCUGACACUAAAAAUGGCACAGUUUCAUGUGCUGCCGCAACUCCUGCACCUGUCACUGUACACAGAGCACGCAAGACCAUGUCCAGACCUGCUGUCAGCCCAGCACAAAAGCUUCUUAACAGGGAAUUAAGAGAAGCAAAAAGUGCCAAAAUGGAGACAAAUGUUGCGUCCGAUGUGCAGAAGUCCUCUCCGCAGUCAUCUGCUAAGAACCAUCUACCUCAGAGUUCACCAGACACGCCAGCGUCAACACCGACCGCUCCAUCAGCUUCACCAGCACCUCCAGCAGCUCCCUCAGAGCCUCCUGCUCCUGCCAAGCUCCAACUAGGGUCGUACUCUGCAGGCCUUUCGUUUCGUAAAAAGAAGAGGAGGAUGGGAACAUACAGUCUGGUUCCCAAGAAGAAAACCAAAGUGCUCAGGCAGAGAACUGUGCUUGAAAUGUUUAAGGAAAUACAGCAGUCUGCAAAGAGCCCACAGACUAAAGAGGUGACCAACAUAAAUGGGGAGAAGGUGGGAAACGCAUCUGAGGAGGAAGAGUCAGAGGACCUGGAGUCUGAGGAGGAGGAGGAGCAACAACAGCAAGCAGCAGCAGCUGUCACUGCUGUCCAAGAAACAUCUGAACCAACCAAUCAGGUGAAAGACGAGCAGGAGUCUGAAGAAUCUGGAGAAGAAGAGGGAGAGGAGGAGGGCACAGAGUCUGACUUGAGCACAGAGUCCAGUCUGAAGAAGAAGUUGAAAAAGAAAAAGGCAGACAGCGCAUGGCUCCGACCUUCCCGGAAGAGAAGAAGGAGGAUGAAGACCAAAGAAGUGGACACAGCAGUUCGACCUCAGGCUUCAGAUCGCGUUCAGGCAUGUGAUGACAAGGACUACACUCACGUUGUCCCGCCUGAGUCAGACGAUCUCAGCAAGGCUUCACACAACAAAGACACUGCAGGGUCAGUGGUCGAAGAUGCUCAGGAGCUUCCGCUCUGCAGCUGCCGCAUGGAGACCCCCAAGAGUCGAGAGAUUCUCAUUCUGGCAGACAGGAAGUGCAUGGCCACAGAGAGCGUGGACGGACAGCUAAGUCGUUGCCAAAGCGCCGUACUGAAACACGAGAUGAUGCGUCCUUCCAACUCCGUUCAGCUGCUGGUUCUUUGUGAGGAUCACCGCAAUGGCAUGGUGAAGCACCAGUGCUGUCCAGGCUGUGGCUUCUUCUGCAGAGCGGGCACCUUCAUGGAGUGUCAACCAGACGUCAGUAUCUCUCACCGCUUCCAUCAGGCUUGCGCCUCAGUUCUGAAAGGUCAAAGCUUCUGUCCUCACUGUGGAGAAGAAGCUAGCAAAGCCAAGGAAGUCACCAUCGCUAAGGCUGACACCACCUCCACGGUCCCCCCUGCUCUCACACAGGGGCCAGCCACACCUGGAGCUCCAGAGGGCCGAGCAGACACCACCACUGGCAGCUCUUCUUGUUCGGCUGCGGGUAGCGAAGUCACCGGCAGAGCCGACAGUUCGCUGCCCUUUCGCUCUUCUCAUGGACUCAGCACCACUGCUGUUCCCGGGGCUUCCAGGAAUGCCCCUGUGCAUGCUGGGAUGGAAACAGCAACCCCACCUAUACUCGCCUCAGGAACUCCUAAAGAAACUCUAGAUGAAAUCCUGGUUGCUCUUGAUAUGGAGAAACCGAAGAAGCUGCGUUUCCACCCCAAGCAACUUUAUCUCUCUGCCAAGCAGGGAGAACUGAAGAAGGUCCUUCUUAUGCUGGUGGACGGUACCGAUCCUAACUUCAAGAUGGAGUCUCAGAACAAACGCACGCCGCUGCAUGCAGCAGCCGAGGGAGGACACAAGGACAUCUGCCACAUGCUCGUACAAGCUGGAGCAAACCUGGACAUUUGUGAUGAUGACCAGCGGACUCCGCUGAUGGAGGCCUGUGAGAACAAUCACAUGGAGGUGGUCCUGUACCUGCUGAGAGCUGGAGCCAGCGCCACACACAAGGAUGUUGAAGGGUUCACAUGUUUCCACCUAGCGGCAAAGUCUGGCCAUUACAAGAUUGUUGAGUACCUUCUGUCCACCGGACUGAUCAACAUAAACUGCCAGGACGAUGGAGGCUGGACGGCCAUGAUCUGGGCCACAGAGUACAAACAUGUGGACCAAGUGAAACUGCUUCUUUCCAAAGGAGCUGACAUCAGCAUCAGAGAUAAGGAAGAAAACAUUUGUCUUCAUUGGGCAGCUUUCUCUGGCAGCGUGGAGAUCGCCGAGCUGCUGCUGGACGCCCACUGUGACCUGCAGGUUGUCAACAUCCACGGAGACUCUCCUCUGCACAUCGCUGCUCGGGAGAAUCGCCUGGAUUGUGUCACACUUUUCUUGUCUCGAGGAGCGAAUGUGUUUCUGAAGAACCGUGAGGGUGAAACUCCUCCUGACUGCUGCAGCCACAACUCGAAGGCCUGGGCCGUCCUGCAGGCCAACAAGAAGGACGCCAGGAACGCCAGGCUCAGUCGAGCAGAAGAAAAAAUCCUUCACAGUGACAUAUCUUUAGGGCAGGAACGGUUUCCCAUUCCUUGCGUCAACUCCGUCGAUAGUGAACCUUACCCAGAGAACUACAAAUACAUCUCCGAAAACUGUGUCACUUCCCCAAUGAAUAUUGAUCGGAACAUAACACACUUACAGUACUGUGUUUGUAAGGAAGACUGUUCUUCCAGUAUCUGCAUGUGUGGCCAGCUCAGCCUGCGUUGCUGGUACAACAAGAGCGGCUGCUUACUGCCAGAGUUUUGUCGUGAGGAGCCUCCUCUCAUCUUUGAGUGCAACCAUGCCUGCUCCUGCUGGAGGACCUGCAAGAAUCGUGUCGUGCAAAAUGGUCUCAGAACCAGACUCCAGCUUUUCAGGACCAGUAAAAAAGGCUGGGGAGUCCGAACCCUGCAGGACAUACCACAGGGGACUUUUGUAUGCGAGUAUGUGGGUGAGAUCAUCUCUGAAGCCGAAGCAGAGAUGAGGCAAAACGAUGCUUACCUGUUCAGUCUGGAUGAUAAGCCUCAAGAUCUCUACUGCAUCGAUGCCCGUUUCUAUGGAAACAUCAGCCGCUUCCUAAACCACAUGUGUGAGCCUAACUUGUUUGCUUGUCGAGUGUUCACAACACACCAGGACCUCCGUUUCCCACACAUUGCCUUUUUUGCCAGUGAAAACAUCAAGGCUGGAGAAGAGCUCGGGUUUAACUAUGGCGACCACUUCUGGGAAGUCAAAAGCAAGCUGUUCAGCUGCGAGUGCAGCUCCUCCCAGUGCAAGUACUCAUCGGUCGCCAUGGCGUCCCUGCAGGCCGACAGCACGCCAGAGGACCAGCAGCAGCCCAGCGCGUCUCCUGACACCAGCUCUUCCAACAGCCCCACCAGUCCUUCCUAAAACCCCUCCCCCCACGCCAAAUUUGGUUACACAUCCCCGCCUCCCUCUCCUUGAACCUUGAACCUUUAUCAGUGGACUUGUACUCUGUCUCCACUUCUCAUCAAAACAAAGGACCAGUGACCAACAUGACAACCUGUAAAACAUUUAUCUCACAGAUGCACAAUCAAACCCUGGAAUCCCACCAUGUGCACCAUGAACAACAGGAGGACGUUACGACACGCACAGCAAACACAACAGGGACAAUAAAGAAAACCAGUCUGUACAUUUCAUACACACCUUUGCUGGGAAGGAGAACUGUGUACUUUUUUUUUUUUUUUUUUUAUCGUUGUGAUCAUGAAAUUUGUUGUCUUUUGCAAAGGCAACCUCAGCGCUCAGCUGGGCGUUACUGUUUUGAACUUAGCGGUUGUUUACCACAAACCAUUCCAGCUAUCAAAUAUGAAACAUGUUGCCACUUUUUUGUGUCAUUUCAUCUUCAUAACAUUUGAAAGGAUGUGCGUGUCCCACAUCUGCCUCCACAUCUGGAGAUGGAUUGUUG